AUGUAUUCAAGUAGAAGUGAUCUGAAAUACAAGCAUCUGUACUUUGUUAAUGAGUGCAAUCCAGGAGGAAGCACAUCUCUUCAUUGUUACUACGACGAUCUCAUCAAUCUGUCCCCAUACCAGUAUGAGGAAUUCGUGGAUGAGUUUCUUGGUUUAGUUUUUGAAGAGUCAACACCAAAAGUUCCCAAUCAUGUAAUAGGCAUUGUGCAUAAUGCAGCUCAGAACUUACCUGAUUUGUUGGAACUAAUGGCUGAUGAUUAUCCAGAUUUAGUUGUCAAGAGGACAUUAAUGGGCAAGUCAGAUGUAGAGACAUUGAAAUUAAGUGAUUAUCGAAAGAUGGUCCAUGCGACUUAUUGCAAUGGUACAUUCAGAUGUGGUCCACUGUUGCAAGUGAGUUUAGUAGGAGCAACAUCGGAAGAGUGCGGGGAUUACUUUCCAUCUGUGCUCGACAUGCUACAGUCUAAUUUAUUUGUUAAGAAAACUCUGCCCUGGGGCGACGUUUCCUGUUUGGAGGGCAUUGAGCCUAACCUAAGCAAUGAUGGGCCAAUUCUUUGGUGCCGAUACGGAGAGCAAGUUGUGCCAACACAGGAUAUGCCCAAGUCAGCAACUCCAAAGAAAAAGGGCAUAAACGAACUAAAAAACCUUCAAUAUUUGCCUCGUUCUGGAGAGUCGAGAGAGUUUCUGAUUGAGGAUCGAACCAAAUGUCAUGCAGAUCAGGUUGGCGCCAUCCUCGAGAAGAAAACAACUGCUGCUGUUGGCAUCUUGAAGGCCACUCACGCUAGUAAUAAUAGUCAGCACAGCAACCGAAUUGUGAAGGAGGUUGUGUGCAUUGAUGCAUCACAUUUUGAAGAGAUGGUCGACCGAUUGAAGUUGGACCUGCACGAACCACCCAUGACCCAGUGUAUUUCAUGGCUGGAAGGCAGUCGACUUAACCAACUGCACAGACAGAACAUUAAGACGUCGACCAUCCACCUAAGAGAUAAUGACGUCUACUUCAUCCCCAGGAACGUCAUUCACCAGUUCAAAACGACCACGGCCUGCACCAGCGUCGCAUGGCACGUCAGAUUAAAACGAUAUCACAGAGAUGGCGGAUGUGGUUGUGGCAGACAGGGCGAUGAAGUUAGUGAUGUUCCACUCGUAGAAGAUAAAGGUAAUGGAAGUAAAAUUAAAAAAAGUUUAGCCCUUUCAGCUGAAAAAAGAUGA